UUGUUUGUGUUGUUGCCUACAGGAGCCACUGCUUGUGUUGAAUUGAAGAGAUUUGAAAGAGCAAUCACUUGGUGUGAUAAGGGACUAGCUGUAUCCUUUGAAGGAAUCUUUCAUUUUUAACCGUGGGUAUAAAAAAAAAGUUUCCAUAAUUUGAUGUUUUAAGGGAGAAAAUACAAAGAAGGGUAUUAAUUAUGAUGGGAACUUAUCAGUUCAUAUACUUUAAGUGUGUGUGAUUAAAAACAUAGGAGAAGUUAUUACCUCAUGACUUAUUAAUGAAAUUACUCCUUUUAGUCAAUUUGACUUAGUUCUACUAUCCAUGCCAAUAACUGGUACAUUAGUUUAAAUAACCCUUUAAUUUCCCAGACCAAAUUUGUAAUUAUCCUUACUGUCAACCAUACAAUUCUUGUAAUGUUAGUACAGAGAAUUCAGUAUUGCAUCAACUAACUAUUUUCAGAUUGAUAUAUUUUUUUUUACUCUCAACACUUAUCUGAUUGAUAUUGUGUUGUUAUUGUAAGGAAAAAUUCUCUUUUGGUCACUCACGGGAGUUAAAGGGUUAGAAGACUAAUAUUCAUCCAGUUUAUACAUAGUACUUGCGUAGAUGAUCUCUCUAAAACAAGCCAGAACAAAAAGCUCGGUAAUGUUUACAUAUUUUAUGUAGAUUUUCUUGCCUUCGACCUUUUUCCACUACUUAGAGACUCGGAAACUUUCGUCCUGCUUGCCAAAUAAAAAAUUUAAAGACAUGUCUUUGUGUUGUAGACUCAUUUCUUCCACUGCUGUAAAAUAAUUGUCUGAUGUUAAAGCUAUAUUAAUUUAAAAAUUGAGCAAGUGCUGCUCAGUUUUUGGAAACUAAGGAUUAAAUCUAGAUAUUUCGCGUUAAAUUUUGAGGCUGUAGAUAGAAAAAACAUUUUUUGAAGUGUAGAUUUACUUCAUAACUGACUUUAAGACUGAAUGUUGAUAAAUCAUCUACCUUUCAUGCAAAGCCCUCCUAAUGGGCCAUUUUAUAGUCGUGUACUUAGUUGCCAAGCCUUUGAUUUGGAGUGAGGCUGAAGGUGACCUGUUGUGAUAGAGACCAGUAUCUAGAAACGAUAAUAACAAAAUAGUUUGCAUUUAAAAAGCAGCAAUUUUUUUAUCAUAACAAGGUCACCCUUUAUCAUCCCUCUUGUUCAGAGGCUUGGGAACUAAGCACGCAAAUGUUAAAAUGGACUAUUACAUAUCAAUAUGAUCAGAAACAUAAUCUCUUGUGUUUUUCCACAUUUAACCCUUAACAUAAAAAAAGAUUGACAAAAACAAUACGGUCUUGUUGUCAUUAAGACUUCAGUCUGUCAGAGAAGUGGGAGAUAAGUCCAUGGAGGAAAAAGAUCCUAUUAGUCAUGACCACGUUAGUGCAAGUUCAGGUGAUAUCAAGAAAGUCAUAGACUUCUAUAAUUGGGGAGAAGAAGCCAUAGAGUACCUAAACCUAUAUCUUAAAAAAGCUAAAGAAGUAGGAGACAAGCAUGGGGAGGGUAACGCUUAUGGCAGUCUUGGCAAUGCUUAUCACCGUCUGGGUGAUUUCAAAAAAGCCAUAGAGUACCACAACCUACAUCUUAAAAUAGCUAAAGAAGUAGGAGACAAGCAUGGGGAGGGUGGUGCUUAUGGCAAUCUUGGCAAUGCUUAUCGCCGUCUGGGUGAUUUCAAAAAAGCCAUAGAGUACCACAACCUACAUCUUAAAAUAGCUAAAGAAGUAGGAGACAAGCAUGGGGAGGGUGGUGCUUAUGGCAAUCUUGGCAAUGCUUUAUGAAGUCUGGGUGAUUUUCAAAAAAAAAAAGCCAUAGAGUACCACAACCUACAUCUUAAAAUAGCUAAAGAAGUAGGAGACAAGCAUGGGGAGGGUAGUGCUUAUGGCAAUCUUGGCAAUGCUUAUCGCAGUCUGGGUGAUUUCAAAAAAGCCAUAGAGUACCACAACCUACAUCUUAAAAUAGCUAAAGAAGUAGGAGACAAGCAUGGGGAGGGUAACGCUUAUGGCAAUCUUGGCAAUGCUUAUCAAAGUCUGGGUGAUUUCAAAAAAGCCAUAGAGUACCACAACCUACAUCUUAAAAUAGCUAAAGAAGUAGGAGACAAGCAUGGGGAGGGUGGUGCUUAUGGCAAUCUUGGCAAUGCUUAUCAAAGUCUGGGUGAUUUCAAAAAAGCCAUAGAGUACCACAACCUACAUCUUAAAAUAGCUAAAGAAGUAGGAGACAAGCAUGGGGAGGGUAGUGCUUAUGGCAAUCUUGGCAAUGCCUAUCGCCGUCUGGGUGAUUUGAAAAAAGCCAUAGAGUACCACAACCUACAUCUUAAAAUAGCUAAAGAAGUAGGAGACAAGCAUGGGGAGGGUAACGCUUAUGGCAGUCUUGGCAAUGCUUAUCACAGUCUGGGUGAUUUCAAAAAAGCCAUAGAGUACCACAACCUACAUCUUAAAAUAGCUAAAGAAGUAGGAGACAAGCAUGGGGAGGGUGGUGCCUAUGGCAAUCUUGGCAAUGCUUAUCAAAGUCUGGGUGAUUUCAAAAAAGCCAUAGAGUACCACAACCUACAUCUUAAAAUAGCUAAAGAAGUGGGAGACAUGCAUGGGGAGGGUGGUGCUUAUGGCAAUCUUGGCAAUGCUUAUCAAAGUCUGGGUGAUUUCAAAAAAGCCAUAGAGUACCACAACCUACAUCUUAAAAUAGCUAAAGAAGUAGGAGACAAGCAUGGGGAGGGUGGUGCCUAUGGCAAUCUUGGCAAUGCUUAUGGCCGUCUGGGUGAUUUCAAAAAAGCCAUAGAGUACCACAACCUAGAUCUUAAAAUAGCUAAAGAAGUAGGAAACAAGCAUGGGGAGGGUGGUGCUUAUGGCAAUCUUGGCAAUGCUUAUCAAAGUCUGGGUGAUUUCAAAAAAGCCAUAGAGUACCACAACCUAGAUCUUAAAAUAGCUAAAGAAGUAGGCGACAAAUCCUUGGAGGCAACGGCCUACUGUUCAUUAGGAUGCGUUUCUGAGUUGCAAGGUGGACUGCCAAAAGCCGUUGAACAUUACCAAGCUAGCAUAAGCUUAUUCAAUUCCUUGAGAGUACUUCUAAAAUCUAAAGAUGAGUGGAAAGUUAAUUUUCGAAAUAAGCAUCAAAUCGCGUAUACGGGUUUGUGGAGAGUUCUCGUAGAACAAGGUAAUGUAGAUGAAGCCUUAUUUGUUGCUGAGAAAGGACGAGCUCAAGCUCUAACCGACCUCAUGGAAUCCAGUUUUCGUGGUGGAACAAGUCACCAGAAGGGAGAUGAUGAAGAUUGCGCAGUUUUAAAAAACGUUCCAUCAAACACUGUCUUUCAGGCAGUGGACGAAGCUAACGUCAAUCUUUGGGUUGUGUCCGAAGGAAAACAAGUUCAGUUAAGACAAAGUAAACUCAAAGGUUUUGUUUCAGAGAAUAGUGGAUCUAGCCAGUCCUUUGAGUCGUUCAUGCUCGGUGUCUAUACACAACUUGGUGUUCGUUCUAAUGUGAGAUGCGAGAAUCGAUCUUUAGAUGCUUUGAGGGAGGGCCGUUCAAAAGUGGAUGAGAAAACCAAAGAAGCCAACCCUCAACCUCACUUCCAACAAGACGGAUGCUUGAGCAGUUUAUAUGAUAUCGUUAUGAAGCCGGUGGCUGACUUGAUUCAAGGGGAUGAGCUACUCAUUAUUCCUGAUGGACCCCUGUGGAUCGCUCCUUACGCUGCAUUGAAGGAUGGUAAUUCUAAAUACCUGUGUGAAUCGUUCACAAUCCGAGUCGCUCCAUCGUUAGCAAGUCUUAGACUCAUUGCCGAUUGCCCAAAUGAUUAUGACAAAAGCAGUGAUGCGUUACUUGUAGGAGAUCCGUGGGUAUCCGAGGUUACUAACAGCGAGGGAGAGAAAGUCCUCGAGCAGCUUCCGUGUGCUAAAGAAGAAGUAGAAAUGAUCGGAGAAAUUCUGAAUAUCACGCCAAUCACUGGCAGAAAAGCCACGAAACGUGAGGUGUUGAAAAGACUCAGUUCCGUUUCCUUAGUUCACCUUGCGGCACACGGAUGUCCGGAAACUGGCGAAAUUGCUCUUACACCUGACCCAGACCGAAUAUCUACUGUGCCUACGGAGAAGGAGAAUUACAUUUUAACGAUUCGAGAUGUGUUGAAUGUUCAACUUUGCUCUAAACUUGUUGUGCUCAGUUGCUGCCACAGUGGUCGGGGCGAGAUCAAGGCUGAAGGUGUGGUUGGCAUUGCGCGCGCUUUUAUGGGGGCUGGUGCUCGGUCUGUUGUGGUGUCCCUGUGGGCGAUUGAUGACGAGGCUACUCUCGAGUUCAUGAAAUGCUUUUAUCAACACCUUGCAGAAGGUAAAUCUACAAGCAAGUCACUGAACCUGGCCAUGAAAAGCCUCAGAGAAUCAGAUGAGUUCCACGACAUCAAGUACUGGGCGCCCUUUUUGCUGAUUGGAGAUGACCUCACGUUUGACCUGAUGGCAAAGGAAAGAGAAAAUUUGAAUAGAAAAUCAAAUAAAUGA